AUGUAUAGCCCUAAGCUGGCUCUCCUGCUAUUACUGCUGCAUACAGUGUCUGGCUCCGCCUACCGCUGGUUCAACUGGCAGUUUGAGGUCACUUGCGAGUCUGACGCCUACAUUACUCCUAUGGAUGAACAUGCUGCCGCCAAGUUCCUCAAGGAGCAGUACCAUGUGGGCUCCCAUAUAAAAGUGGUUGGAAACGGUCAUGGGUUCGGUAACCUCACUACCUGUGUCGACAAUACUCUCACCGAGAAGCCCACCUAUAUUGUUUCUCUCACCAAUCUGAAGAAGCUCCACAUCGAUAAAAAGAAUAUGACUGUGACUUUUGGUGCCGGUUGGGAUGUCGAUGACCUCGUGCAAGAGCUGAAGGCCAACGACUUAUCCUUUAGCAAUCUCGGCGUUGAGCGUGUUCAGAACUUUGUAGGUGCCGCCGCCACUGGCACGCACGGUUCUGGAUCCAGCCUCGGCAAUAUCGCAACCCAGAUCAUUGGGUUACGUGUGUUGGACUCGCAAGGAAACCUCAGUGUCAUCGAUGAGAAGAACAAUGCGGAAGAACUGAAGGCUUUCCGUAUUAGCCUUGGUGCCCUCGGUUUAAUCACCGAGUUGACUAUCAAAGUUCUCCCUACCCAACUCCUAAAGAAGACCACCAAAGUCUUGAAUGCCACUUCCGACUACUCGAAGAUGUACAAGGAGCUUGCCCAACUGUACAAGGAGCACGAUCGUAUGACUGUUUGGGGUCCUCACUUUGACUGGGAUGAAAACUCAAAGACCUGGGAUCUUGAGCCUACCUACUUCCUCUCUUACUGGGAGCCGACUAACUACACCGGUAUUCGCAACUGUACUCUCAAUUACUGCGCCAACGGCUGCGGUGACUGCAACAAGGAAUACAUCUGCUACGACGAAGUCACCGACGCCGCGUCCUGCUCUCCCCGGGGUGUCUGUUCCCGAGGUUUCUACGCAGAAAUCGAGCACUUCCUUCCCAUCGAGGAUUACGCCGAAGCCGCCACCAACUACACCAUCUUUCAACAGGCCCAGACGCCUCGCAUGAAGGCUCCCUAUAACAAGCAGAUGGUCAUCCAGCACCGCAUCCUCAAGGGCGACGAUACAUAUCUGUCCCCUGUGAACCAUUAUAAUCUUGGCCCCGAGUCAAGCGGUGUUUUUGCAAUCAUCGAGAUUGACUGGAUCCAAGAAUACAACUCCUUCGACACUCUCUGGCAGAACCAGGAAUUGGCCAAUGAAUUCCUCCCUCAUUUUGGUCAAACCUACAACGUUCGAUCCCAUUGGAACAAAAUGAGUCCUCCUAAUGCUACCUAUACCCUGGAGAAAUUCCCCAAACUGCCCGAGUUCUUGGCCAUCCAGAAGCGCCAGGACCCUAAGUGCCAGUUUGUCAACGAGUUCCUAGUUGAGCAGCUUGGCAUUUCCCGCUGCGCGAACUUUAUCUCCUCAUAG